AUGCCACUGAAAACUGUCCUUCGAAAAUGGCAGUCUAUCGCUUCUCCCGGGCCCAGAUCGUCGGACGAAAAUCAAGGACGAAGUACAACAUCAUCCAGUCCAUUCUGGAUGGAGAAAAUUAAACAUCAAGGCAUCUCUCCAUUUAAUGCCAAUCCAUCUACAUAUAAAGUUUUCAGAAAUGUCAAAGAUUAUGGUGCGGUCGGAGACGGCAUACACGAUGAUACUAUGGCCAUCAAUCGGGCCAUAAGGGAGCAGAAUCGAUGUGGUGGCGGCACUUGUCCAUCUUCAACCGUUUCCCCGGCUGUCGUGUAUUUCCCUCAAGGGAUCUACCUGAUAUCGGCCCCAAUUAUCCCCUACUAUUAUACCCAACUUAUUGGUGAUGCCAAAGUGCCGCCGACCCUUUUGGCUGCAAAAUCUUUCAACGGCUUUGCAGUCAUUGAUGCAAACCCCUAUAUCCCAGGCGGAGGAGGAGCACAAUACUUUCAAGCAACGAAUAACUUUCACCGUUCCAUCAGAAACUUUGUGAUUGAUGUUAGGCAGGUCCCUCCAGAAAAACAACAAGGAACGGGUAUACAUUGGCAAGUUGCCCAAGCCACGUCCCUCAUCAACAUUGUCUUUGAAAUGUCAACUGCACCGAAUACCGCCCAUCAAGGAAUCUGGAUGGAAAAUGGAAGUGGUGGAUUUAUGGGUGAUUUGGUCUUCAAUGGAGGCAAAUUUGGGAUAUGGGGAGGAAACCAACAGUUCACAGUACGAAAUAUUACCAUUAAUAACGCACAAAUAGGAGUCUAUAGCUUGUGGAAUUGGGGUUGGACAUAUCAAGACCUGAAAAUCAAUAAUUGCCAGGUUGGGUUCGAUAUUGCUACCGGAGGUGUUACUACCGAGGCCCAGACAACAGGCGCUCAGGCUAUUAUUGACGCGGUUGUUACCAAUACGCCGUGCUUUGUGAGGACAUCACAGCCCUCCAACGGCAGCCUUGCUGGCUCAUUAGUCAUCAGCAAUGCUAAAUUUACCGAUGUACCUGUUGCGGUGGGUGUGCUUAACGGAUCCACCGUCCUCGAAGGAACCUCUGGCGCAGAGAAAACAAAAAUUAUUGAAACGUGGGUGCAAGGAAAUGUGUACAAAAGCGGCAAUGGGAAGGGGAUAUUCUUGAAGGGAACAGUGCCGUCGCUUGUGAAGGCAUCUUCCUUGCUGGAUGACGAAGGAAAAAUUGUCAGUCGUGGGCAUCCCCAAUAUGAAGAGUAUGAUGCAUCGGAUUUCGUUAGCGCGAGAGACCAUGGUGCGAAGGGUGACGGCAUCACCGACGACACCGAGGCCCUCCAGUCUCUGUUCAAUAAGUUUUCAGAUCAAAAAAUUAUCUUCCUUGAUGCUGGAUUUUAUAUUGUUACGUCGACAUUGACUAUCCCUGCGGGAACGCGGCUUGUGGGUGAAUGCUGGUCUGUAUUGGCCGGAAAGGGGCCACUCUUUCAAAAUCAAGACGCCCCUCAGGUUGUGUUCAGAGUCGGGGAACGGGGACAGGAACCAGCGACAGGGGUUACAGAGAUUACGGAUGUUGUGUUCACUACUGUUGGACCUGCGCCAGGCGCCGUCGUUGUUGAGUGGAACGUCAGAGAACCGGAAGGUAUGAAGGCUGCUGCUGGGAUGUGGGAUACUCACAUCAGGCUCGCCGGUAGUAGUGGGACGAAUCUUGAAGGGACAACUUGUCCCAAGUCUGGAGAAAGAGGCUACGAUUCUUGCUAUGCUGCGUUCCUUGCCCUUCACAUAACGCCGUUGGCGACAGGUUACUUUGAGGGAACUUGGGUAUGGCUGGCAGAUCAUGACCUGGACUUAUCCGGAGAAAAACAGAUCACGGUAUAUGCUGGUAGAGGAAUAUUGUCGGAGUCCCAAGGUCCGGUUUGGAUGGUUGGGACUGCGUGUAGGCGCUUGCAUUCAAUUUUGCCUACUUGA